GGCCACACUGAAUUCCACAUCCUGAAUUCGUAAGCCUUGAUAUUAUACCAACUACCAGAAGUCGCAUAUAAACGCCAAAAAAUAUCAUCAAAUUCAUUCGUACGGGUUAAAGUAAGCGAAGCAUCACAGUACAGAUGAACAAACCCGAUUGCAAAUAUGGCGCUGAAUGUUAUCAGCAGAAUCCUGCGCAUAAAGAAAAGUUUGCUCAUCCUGUGAAAUCAGUAGCCGAAAACAGUACAGUACAAGCGGUUACGUCUAACUCUGGUAACAUGGAAAUCAAGAAACGUUCAAUGGAAACCCUUAAUCAACAGCUGGAAGAUAUCAAACGUUGUAAACGUCUCUCAUCUCCAGAAAAAGAUAUUUGCUAUUCAGAAGGGAAAGACUCUAGCUACGAAUAUCAUGAUUUAACUCGCCAGCGUUAUGCUGUGCCAAAGGUGCCUAUGAGCGUUGGUAUUUUGCGCGAUAUCUAUGAUUCUCAAAUUGAAUUUUCCCAACAAGCUGAAUACAAGGAAUUGUGCAAUGAACCUAAAAAAUUCAUCAAACACAAAUUUCUUGUCCUAAUGCCACCGUGCUUCGAAGAUCUGUGGCAGUUUUGCCAAGUACAAGCAUUGAAAACCCAGAUAAAACCGGAAGAAACAUUUUUGCAGUUCGGACUUAAAUUGGUUGGGCCAUACGACGUUCUCGCAGGAAAGUUUGACCGCGCGAAAGUUCACGAACCUGGAGAUUAUUUGCGCCAUUGGCGUUUUUUCUAUGAUCCACCUGAAUUCCAGACGAUAAUCGUGCAACAAAACUCUGGUGUACAUUACGGCUAUUGGAGAGAUAGUCCAGAUAACACGGAUGGUUUAGUGGCCUGGAACGAUGUUAAAAAAGGCUGCGAGUUUCUAAUUGUUGGUGAAAACAUUUUUGAUGCAAUAUUGCAUUUCUUGGGAAACUAUGCAUCUGUGACGCCAUUCAACAAAAAAAAAAUAUCCGAUAUGAAAAAACUUAUCAGCGAUUGGGCUCAGUCGAAAGACAUUGCUUUAAAUUGCUGCGAGAAACAAAAGUCUCGCAAGGCACAGAUAGUUAGCAAAACUUUCCACAAGGUUGGUCUGGUGGUUCCUUACGAUAGGAAGACCAACAUAGGAUAUAGACCUCUGCUAGAAAGUGAUGAAAAAAUUCGAGCCAUUCUUUCCAAAUUCGAAAAUCUGAAUCGUUUUGAAAAUAACCUCGAAUACCAAGAACUCAUGAGAGAAUUACAGCCCAUAAUAACCGCUGCAGAUUUGGCAACAGACGAGUGUGAUUUCGGAACGGUCCUUGAACUUGCAUUGGACUUUUUCUGCUCUGGUGUGAAAAGUCUACAUGAGGUCAUGAAGCCUCUUUUUUUUACCGGAUAUUCCAUGGUUAAUCGCCCUCAAUACAUCGCCAUCAUAAAGUCUCAUUUAGAUAACCGCAGAGAAGGAAUUAAUUUGGAUUUGCUCGCGGCACCCGCGGGAGAGUGCGAAACGACAAAGAAAAGAAAACACACACACCUCCUCCUCCCCAUGGUGUUUUUCGCAAUGUGAUCGUAGGAGAACGCGAACGCAGAAACACACACACACAAAACCACGCACGCACGCAGGCAAGCACACAAACACACACCCCACUCCUCCCCCCUCGUGUUUUCGCAAGGUGUUUUUCGCAAGGUGAUCCCGUAGGAUCUCGUUAUGCCAAACGGAAAAAACACACAGCCACGCACGCAGGCAUGCACACACAUACACACACACACAGACGCGCGCCCGCACGCAAGCACGAACGCACGAGGGAGCGUAAAUGAAGAGGUUCGAUACGUUGCCGCCCCCCCCUCCCGUGUUCUGCAGCGUAUGCAUCGAGCAGGAGACAGUGUGGCAGUAUGCAAGUUGCACGCUGGAUAGGAGCGAGCCCGCGACACCGCCAUCAUUCCGCACAACUGUAUGCCCGUCGUGGGUUCUAACCGCGUAUGAACCGUCCGCCGUAGUAAGAGCUGACUAUCCGGCUACAUGGUACUCAAGUCCUGAAAAGGCCAAUAUGAUCGCGUAAGCCGUAAUGAGAAGAAUAAUAAUAAGAAAAAUAACUUUGAAGUAACAAAUGCACGGAAUGCACUCGACCAAAGGACAUGAACCUACCGAGCCUUACCCAUUCCAAGCCAUUGCCGGUCGCACGGCGUCAUGAUACCGACUCCAAGCCAACAAGCCGCCAGAUUCUGGACGGACAGGUGCAGCACCAUACGCUCACCGUAAUAAACAUAACCAGAAUCCUCUUUUGUAUGAAAGCCAAGCCCACUAGUGGUACAGGCAGGCCUUGACCGACAACGGUUGUUGAGCCAAAAGAAGAAGAAUUGUUUGUGUCAUUUAUGUUCUAUUUAUCAUUGUACGUUUAUUCUUCUUCUUCUUCUCGUUGGCUCAACAACCGUUGUCGGUCAAGGCCUGCCUUUACCACUUGUGGGCUUGGCUUUCAGUGACUAAAUAAUUUUCCCCCAUAGCAGGAUAGUCAGUCCUACGUAUGGCGGCACGGUCUAUUUAGGGAUUGAACCCAGGACGGGCAUGUUGUUAAGUCGUACGAGUUGACGACUGUACUACGAGACCGGCUCAACGUUUAUUAGUGUACGUUUAUUAUUAGUUGUACGUUUAUUAGUGUAAUGAAUAAACGUAAAAGUUCCAAACACAACAGAAAGAAA